GAUUACUUUUUCUACCGUCGCCUCCCAGAAAUUCUUCCUGGACUGUGCUACACUUUCAUUUUUCCCUUUGACCAGCUCCACUCAUUCGUUCACUGGGUCCCUUUCCGUUGUCGAUAUAAUCCACAAUCCUACUAUAUCGUCCUUCGUUGGAAACUUGCAACCAAAUCUCUCGUUAUCUACUACACUCGCUUUUCUAAGCAGCGCCGAAUUCAACCAGGCACCACCAUGUUGUCGUAUUUGAAGUAUGCCGCGGCCCUGGCCGCUGUGCUCCCAUUGGCUACUGCGCAGACCUCUACCGAUUGUGACCCUCUGAAGAAGACCUGCCCCGACGAUGAUGGAUUGGACAGCAGUACCUUCAGCACAGAUUUCACCAAAGGCGAUUUCUCCAAAUGGACCACCACAGCCGGCAACGUUACCAGCGGAUCGCAGGGUGCUGAAUUCACGAUCAACAAGAAGGGUGAUGCACCCACUAUCGAUACCGACUUCUAUUUCUUCUAUGGCAAGGUCGACGUGAAGAUGAAGGCCGCUCCGGGUACCGGAAUCGUGAGCAGUAUUGUGUUGGAAUCGGACGAUCUCGAUGAGGUUGACUGGGAAGCCGUCGGCGGUGACACCACUCAAAUUGAGACCAACUACUUCGGCAAGGGUGACGACUCGUCUUACGACCGGGCCACCUGGGUGACCGUUUCCACUCCGCAGGACACUUUCCACACCUACUCCAUCGACUGGAAAGAGGACGUUCUUACAUGGGCUAUUGACGGAAACACCAUCCGCACUCUCAACUACAAGGAUGCCAAGGAUGGCUCCCGCUACCCUCAGACCCCCAUGCGCGUGAGAAUCGGAAUCUGGGCCGGUGGUGACUCUAGCAACAACCAGGGCACCAUCGAGUGGGCUGGCGGUCAGACCGACUAUUCCCAGGCUCCUUUCACCAUGUACAUCGAGUCUGUUGACAUCACCAACUACAACCCCGCCAGCAGCUACUCCUACUCGGACAACAGCGGCUCGUCCGACAGCAUCAAGUCUUCCAACUCGUCUUCUAGCUCCACCACCCGCUCUUCCUCCACCACCUCUUCUUCCUCUUCGUCAACCGACACCUCCGCUAGUACCACCGACUCUUCGUCGACUGCGACUGGCACCUCGGACUCGGCCACUUCGACUGAAACCCCAUCGGGCUCUAGCUCCGGCUCCAGCUCCGACUCUGGUGCCAGCUCCACCACCGGCUCUUCGUCUGGCGCUGGCUCUUCCACCAGCUCUAGCCCCAGCUCUAGCAUCUCCGUUUAUGAGGGCGCUGCCGCCUCCACCGGUGCAUACCUCGGCUCUGCCAUGCUCAUGGCUAUGAUGACCGCCAUGCUUCAGCUGGUCUAAAUGGCGGGUGCAGAGUUCUGAUUUGUCAAGUUUGAUUUGCGUUUAUGGGUCAUAAUACAACGACAUCAGCCGGGUGCUUGGAUCGAUUUUUGUCUCUUGAACUGUAUUCUUAUCUUUGGGGAGAAUUCUGCUGUUAACCACUUUCCUCCCCAAUCCCCUUCUUUGUUUAUUUGUGGUCUUGUUUGUAGUAACAUGAAGUAUAUUAUCCAGGGCGGAAUUGUUC